AUGACUAAGGACAGAUUGGCCGCUCUAAAAGCGGCGCAGUCGGAAGACGAGCAAGAUGAUGAUAUGCACAUGGAGACCGGAAAUGCACAGUAUAUGGAGGAGUUCUUUGAGCAGGUCGAAGAAAUCCGUGGAAGUGUGGAUAUCAUAGCGAACAAUGUGGAGGAGGUCAAGAAGAAGCACUCGGCGAUUCUCUCGAAUCCAGUCAACGAUCAGAAAACCAAAGAAGAACUUGAUGAGUUGAUGGCGGUGAUCAAACGGGCGGCGAAUAAGGUCCGCGGAAAGCUGAAAUUGAUUGAGAACGCGAUUGAGCACGACGAGAAUCAGCAGGGAGCUGGAAAUGCGGAUCUUCGGAUCCGCAAGACUCAACACAGUACACUGUCGAGGCGAUUCGUGGAAGUGAUGACUGAUUACAACAAGACGCAGACUGAUUAUCGAGAGAGGUGUAAAGGAAGAAUUCAGAGACAAUUGGAUAUUGCCGGAAAACAAGUCGGCGACGAGGAUCUCGAGGAAAUGAUUGAAAGCGGAAAUCCGGGUGUCUUCACUCAGGGAAUCAUCACAGACACACAACAAGCCAAACAGACGUUGGCUGAUAUCGAAGCGAGACACAAUGAUAUCAUGAAAUUGGAGAGUUCGAUUCGAGAGUUACAUGAUAUGUUUAUGGAUAUGGCCAUGCUUGUCGAAUCUCAGGGAGAGAUGGUAGAUCGAAUUGAGUACAACGUGGAGCACGCGAAGGAAUUCGUCGACCGCGCCGUCGCCGAUACCAAGAAAGCCGUGCAAUACCAGUCGAAGGCGCGAAGGAAGAAGAUCAUCAUUUUGAUCGUCGUCACCGUCAUUAUUGUCAUCCUCUCCCUGUGGCUCAUCCAGUAUAUCCCUGGAAUUUAA